GGCUUAGCUAGUCUUGCUAAGCUACGUCUUCAAGACAUAACACGGUCCGUCGUUCAAUUUCAUGACGAUAUUUUACCAUGAUUUUUGUGUAAUAUUUUGAAACUAAAUGUCGAACAUGGUUCCUAGGAGGGUCGUCGUGACGGUGAUUGUGUUUGUAUCUGUCAUAGCUCUUCUUGUUCUUCAUGGAAUCAGUAAGGAAUAUACGGGUAUCCUGAAUUCGCAAAAAUCUGGAUUGGUUGACGUAGCGCGAUUAUGGAGAGAUUCUGGGCAGAGAGAGGGUUCUGGACAAGACUCUAACAACACAAGCUCUGUUCAAUGGCAACCAAAUUUACCAUUUAAAAAUGCUUUGAGCCAGGAAGAAAUAAAAGACACGCAAAAUUUAGUCAGGAUUCUGGAGGCCGACGGCCCCGACGCGGAGUCCAACCCCUCGUGCAAGAGGAGAAACAACAUUGGUUUCUUUAAAAUGCACAAGUGCGGAAGUAGCACUGUACAAAACAUACUGAUGAGGUACGGCGUGCGUCAUCUUCUGAAUUUCGUUCUUCCGCCCUCGGGGAAUUACCUCGGGCAAAGUUAUUUCAACAAACAUUUCAUGAUGUCCUUUCCAGUUCAUGAAUAUAAUAUCCUAUGCCAUCAUACGCGCUUCAGCAAAGAAGGUUUUGCCUCGGUUUUGCCCGCCGACUCAGCCUACGUAACUAUCAUCCGAGAUCCUGGCACCAUGUUCGAGUCCACUUACACCUACCUUCAGUAUCAGCACAGGUACGGUGUCCCACUAACCACCUUCCUGGAGAACCCGAGCAGCUACUACGAACCCAACGGUGGCAAAAACCAUGCCAAAGACUCCAUGCUCUACGAUCUCGGGCUGGAGGAGCAGUUCAAGACCAACGCCGCAGAAGUCGACCGGAAAAUCCAGCGCAUCUCCACCGAGUUUGACCUGGUGAUGAUGACAGAGCACUUCUCCGAGUCCCUGAUACUCCUCAAAGAUCUCAUGUGUUGGGACUUCCAGGAUAUCGCUUACUUCAAGAUGAACGCCCGCAGCCCUUCAUCAGUGAAAAGCGUCAGUGAGGAGACCAUGAAGAAGAUCAGGAAAUGGAAUGACGGUGACACAAAACUUUAUAACUUCUUCAAUAGGACAUUCUGGGACAAGGUUCAGGCCUUCGGGGAGGAACGUAUGCGCAGGGAAGUCGCCAAACUCGAAGAUAUGAACAAGAUGAUGAAGGAUCGCUGCAUCGACAAAGUGAUCACCAAUGACCAACAUGUGUGGCACCCGUCAGGUAUCGCAGUAGAAAGCUUCAAGUUGAAACCUUCAGUAGAACAUGAUGAAGACUGCCAGAUGAUGGCCAAAACAGAGCUUCCUUUUACUGCCUAUGUCAGACAAAGGCAGCUCGCUAAGUACUUUGGGCACAAAGCGCCUGUGCUUUGAUGACAGCUGAAAUAAACAAAUCAAACCAUGACAUGGAUAUGAAUGUAUUGUUUUUUUAGAAGUAUAAUGCCUUGCAAUAUGACAGCCACUUUUGCUGAAUGAUGUCAUUAUUCUGUUAUCAUUCUUGAAUGGUAUAUAGGGGUUUUGUCCUAGAACCUUAGAAAGUGAUGUUAGAUCCGCCUGUUGACAUACAUGUAGUGGGGGACGUCAUUUUAAUGCACUGCGCUUACUUUGUCUGUCACAUCCUGUCCCGCAUUCCCCAUCUAAGUCAAGAACAUGAUAAAAGAAGUGUCUGAAAUCUUGCAAGAACUUAAUUUUGCGUGAUGUCAUUGCUAGCCGAAUUCUCUUAGCGGUACGUGCCAAGUGCGAAUUUUGAGGCUUUUCAUGUGCAGUCAUUGGAGUCACUCGACUAAGCUGAUAAUCAUGUUGGAAUCAUCAUAGUUAUUUCUUUUGCUAUUCUUGCUUUUGUUGACCAGUGGCAGACAAAUAUGAUUACUGGUUCAAACCAAGCUGAUGUUAUUUUACUAUUAUCCAUUACCGAGGCUGUCCGUAGAAGUAUUUCAUGAACUGUUGAAAGCUACUGAAAUCCUUGCAAGCCAUUGGCAGAAAGCACAUUUUUAUCCCAAUAUAUAUAUAAAGAGGCAUUAUUUAUUAAUGAGGCUGUCUUUGGAAGAGCAUUUCACGAAGCAUCUUCUCAGCAAUCUUCCCUGAAAUCUGUUGUAAGCUACUGAAAUCCUUGCUCGUGAUUGGCCGAGAGCAGAAUUGCCCGGGGAAGUCACUGCCAGUGUGGCUCAUGAAAUGCUCAUCAUGUAUUAUUGCUGAAGAUUUGUAGCCAGGUGGCAUGUACAUGACGUUGAGGUUUAUGUUGGUUCACCAAAGCAGGGUCCUGUAUUAUAAGGCAUGGUGAUUGAUCGUAGGUCUAAUUUUUACGAUUGAUUGCAUUGAAUAUUGCGUAUGAUCAAUCGCACAAAUCCGCUUCCAUGAAACCAUUGUUUCAAUUGAUGGAUUCAUAGCCACAUUUCCAAAAGCCCCUUCAUGAAUGAGGACCAAAUUAUACUUUGCUUCAAGUUGUAAAUUUUCCUUAUCCUGCCCGAUAUUGUGACAUUUUUCUGAAUAGAAAAUUAGAGUCUAGAGAACUAUACUCAUUAGCCAAGGGACUGCCAUUUG